UCACUUUGCCAUAACAACAUAGAUGUUAGAACAUAUUGAAGGCGGAGAAUAGUAGAAACGAAGACAGCUUUUUAGGCGUAGUUUACAAUUAGAAAAUAUUAGAUAUGGAUCAAAUUUUUUUGGUAAGAAAGUGUGACAGCGGUGUGUCACAAAAGAAUCUGUUUAAGAAUGGUGAUACAUCACUGAAUCGCACAUAAAUACAGGGCUUUCUGUGAAAGAGGCCCUGUUUCUGCAGUAAUCGUUUCUUCCUUUGAUUAACACAUACUAGAAUAUUCGGCUCUUUACGUUUUGAGUUCAAAUGCCGCCGAGGUCGACUGUGCAAAAACCAACCUAGAAAAGUUAGCGGGCUUGCAGAUAGACACACAGAGAAGCAAGCCAUGAUGCCCAACAGCGAUGGCCGGCAUGGACUUGACAUUCUAGGCGCAGAGGAGCACUGGAGGACAGAACUGUUGUCUGGUGUAUCCUGAUGUCACUUUCCGUAUUAUCUGUGUGAGGAGUAUCAUACAAACCACAAACAGUAAUGGUGAUAGGCUAUCUUCCUGAAUAUGCCUCUCUUGAUGUUAACCCUCGCCAAAAAUUGUCCACAUGAUGUUAACUCUAUAUUCCAGUUCUUCAUUGAUCUCCUGAUAAAAUUUGAGAUGUUAUCUGACACUUGUACCAACACAGGACUUCCUAAAAUCCAGGAAUGGGGAAUCCUAUCAUAUGCUUUCUUAUAAUCGAUCCACGCCAUACCCAGAAAGUACAAGAGAUAUCUCUGAAAACCAAAAACCUGUCUUCAAACUUUCUGAUAAUUUCAAGAAAAUGGACAAUAAUUAUACUGUCAGCGAUUGUUCUAAUUUAGAGGGACUAAAUGUUGAAAUGGUUGAAGCCCAUUACCCUGCAAUAGUGUUUCUCGUAUUCGAAAUGAUUCUUGGAGCUACUGGAAAUUGCAUGGUAGCAUACAUAUACUAUUAUAAAUUUGAGGUUUCGUCCACACAGAUUUUCAUUGUUGCACUUUCAAUUUAUGAUUUUCUAACCAGCACAAUAAGUAUACCUAUGGAAAUUGUAUUGCUACGUUUAUCCUUCACUUUUGACUGUGAUACUGCAUGCCGCUUGAUACGUUUCUUUAUUGUUUUUGCAAUAAUCAGUUCAGCUUUGAUUGUAAUCAUAAUAGCAGUCGAUAGAUAUAUUCUUGUAUGUCGACCUCUCAGUCAAAAAAUUUCCAUUAAGAAUUCAAAGAGAAUUCUUGCAGUUUUAGGAUUCUUAUCUUUUAUAUUUAGUAUACCAGCAUAUUUUGUGUACAGUAAACACGAGAGAAAGGUCAAACAGUGUGGAAAAAUUGGAACAGUGUGUUCACUUUCUAGUUAUUCAGAAGAAUCAAUCUAUCCUUUAGUCUAUUAUAGCACCGUGUUGGCAGUCUGUUCUUUUGCAUUUAUUGCUCUUAUGAUAAUAUACUUAUUAAUUGGAAUACGUAUUUGGAAAAUUUACAGAGCGAAGAAUUUUAGAACUGUUACUUCUAUUAGUAUUGCAAAUGACAACAGUAUAAAGCCAUUGGGAAUUGUUCAUAGACCUUUUGUGAAACAAUUUAUUUCUGCUCCGCGUAUCAAAAGACAUUCAAUGAACCCGUUUAAAACCACUUUAGUUUUGUUCAUCAUCACUUUGAUCUGGACUUUGAGUUAUUUACCACAUUUCAUCGGAGCAUUCUGGAAGAUGUCUAUUAAAGAUUUUAACGAUUCUACAACUUACAAAGAACAAUUAGCUUACCAUUUUUUUAUGUAUUCUUAUUACAUUAACUGUGCUGCUAAUCCGUAUAUUUAUGGACUUUUUUGUAAACAGUUUCGUUCUGAAUUAAGGAUUAAACUUCGCAAAAUUUUCGUGUGUUGUAAAAAAUAAAAUAUUGAGCCUCCUUAAAGCCAA